CGUCCGCCCUUACUUGCCCGUAAGCAGUAUGGCGGAAGUGGAGGAGCAGCUACCUCUCUCUCCUCAGGACGGUAGCCGAAACGAGUGUGGAGAAGAGCCCCCGGAUAGGGGAGCUGUGGUGGGGGUUGCCGAGCCGGCUCCCCCUUCAGCCGGCUCCCUGGUGACCGAGGAACCUGCCGAGGACUCCAAGAAGAAAAUUGACGUCCUGCUGAAGGCUGUGGGGGACACGCCGAUCAUGAAGACCAAGAAGUGGACCGUGGAGAGGACCCGCACCAUCCAGGGGCUCGUUGACUUCAUCAAAAAGUUCCUCAAGCUGGUGGCCUCGGAGCAGCUGUUUAUAUAUGUGAAUCAGUCCUUUGCUCCUUCUCCAGACCAGGAAGUCGGGACACUCUAUGAGUGUUUUGGAAGUGAUGGCAAACUUGUACUGCAUUACUGCAAAUCUCAAGCGUGGGGAUGAAUGGUAAGCAGCCAUUGAUGCCCAGGACUGGCCUUCAGAAAGGAAAAGGCCUCUGAUAAUCUUCAGAAACAAUGCCCAUGGACAUGCUGAAGAGAAUUGUAUAUUACUGCCUAUGAAUUUAUUUUAUUCUGUGCAUUUAUCUACAAAAUGAUGCAGAUGACUUGCAUAAAAGAAGAGCUACAUAGAA